UGUUAGUCUUCGAUGACCAGUCUUUCGAGAGAUGUCGCUCCUGUCUAACGUCGUAGUCGUGAUCGCUGUGCAGCUGCUGCUCGGCAGCUUGGCUUGGUCGGCACCAGAAUGCAAGCACGGUGCGGAGUACUGCAAGGAUCGUCUUAUGCAUCCGGAUAUGCCAGAGCCGCUGCAAGGACGCAACGCGCCACGAAAAUAUGAGGGCGAUGACACCAAUGCCUAUUGGCGGGAGCAGGCCACGGAAUAUGUGAAGGAGAAGUUGGCCACACCACUGAAAGAGGGCAAGGCCAAGAAUGUGAUCAUGUUUCUGGGCGAUGGCAUGGGCAUAACCACCACCUCAGCAGCCCGUAAUUUGCUGGGUGGCGAGGAGAUGGUCCUCUCCUUUGAGCAGUUCGCACACACAGGCCUCUCGAAGACCUAUUCUGUGGACAAGAUCGUGCCCGACUCGGCGUGCACAGCGACCGCUUAUCUGUGCGGUGUCAAGGGACAGGAGGGCACCAUUGGCGUCAAUGGCGCUGUGCCGCGUACCGAUUGCACCGUCAUGCUGGACGAGGCGACGCACGUGGACUCCAUUGCCAAGUGGGCCAUGGAUGCGGGCAAAUGGGCAGGACUCGUGACCACCACACGUGUGACUCACGCUUCGCCAGCUGGCGUCUAUGCGCACAUUGCGGAACGUGACUGGGAGAACGAUGCAGAGGUGGCUGCGGAUUGUGGCACCGCAUCUGGCAUUCAGGAUAUUGCCUAUCAGCUGGCAAAUGGGCAAGUGGGCAGCAAACUCAAGUUGAUCAUGGGAGGCGGUCGCAAGCAUUGGGUUGACAGCAGUCUCGAGACGUGGGGCGAACGCACUGAUGGCCUCAAUCUGAUCGAUGAGUUCAAGGCAGCCGAUGCACAGAAUGUUUAUGUGAGCACCGAGGCGGAAUUGAACGCCUUGGAUUUGACGACACCAGCGCGUUUGCUGGGACUCUUCCAGAACGAUCAUUUGCUGUAUCACAUGCAGACGAAUGAGACAACCACGCAACCCACUUUGGAGCAGAUGACGCGCAAGGCCAUCGAAUACAUGAGCCAAAGCACCGAAGGAUAUUUUCUGUUCAUCGAAGGCGGUCGCAUCGAUCAGGCGCAUCACGACAACUUGGCACGCAUGGCACUCGACGAGACCAUCGAGUUCUCCAAGGCAAUUGCUGCUGCUCGCGAGCUAACGAGCGCUGAUGACACACUGCUGGUGGUCACUGCCGAUCACUCACAUGUCUUCAACUAUGCUGGUUACUCGUAUCGCGGUUCUGAUAUCUUUGGCCCGGCACCUGCCAUUGCUCAGGAUGGCAAGCGCCACAUGGUGCUCAGUUACUCGAAUGGACCCAGCUAUGACCGCUUCUAUGAUGCCGAGACCAAGGAGCGCAUCGAUCCCACGACACUGAUAAAUGGCGUCUAUAAUGAAGAGUUCCCAGCUGGCGUUCCCCUGGACAUGGACACCCAUGGUGGCGACGAUGUCCUUGUCUAUGCCGACGGACCUUGGUCGCAUUUGUUUACCGGCGUCUACGAGCAGAGCACCAUUCCCCACCUGAUGGCCUACAGCGCCUGCAUCGGCGAUGGCCUCACCAUGUGUAACUAAAGUUCCUCGCCAUGAGCAACAAUCAAUCAUCAAUUCUGCGUGCGUGCCUGCUGCUCAUGACAAUUAAGUUGCUGCCGCUCCCGUGCUGCUGAAGUGGCACUCUCUUUUUUUGUAAAUUGUAAUUUGUAAUGUGUAGAUUGUAAAUUAAAUUAAAGCGAAUUUCAACAGUUGCUUAACUGGGCCACUUGAUCCACCCUUUGCAUGUAGUA